CGUAAAUACUUAUCUGCACGCACUGUGCAUCCUACUCCACAAUCACAUACAUACUGCUGUACUCCUUGCUUAAUAAAGCUUUUCUCUGCGUCUCUUACUGGAACACUUCCUGCAUACACCACAACAAAGUCCACAAAGUCCACACAGUACUAGAAGCCAGGUGGGGUCGUCCUUCACGUGGGGCCCCGUAUUAACGUUACGCUGCUUGGGUGAAUUGGGUGAAAUUCACUAGCAUCACUACCAAAAUGCACUAACGCCGGCCCAAAUUUCGUUCGCGACCUUCCCAAAAGUAAACCGAGACCCGUUGGAGUGGAGUGCAUAUCUCACUCAACCACCACCACCAAAACAGUGUCUUGUCUUGUCUUCCCCCCCAGACACCGGCAACGAUCUUCUUCUUCUUCUUCUCCUUCUUCUUACGACAGGUCACUUCCAUAAAGGUCCACCCCGCAGCAGAUACACGAAGAGUUUAUCGUGUGUAUGCAGGACCGACAAGACAUCCCGGUGUCAACGUCUGGGCUCUGAGAAAAGUUGCUGCCAAUGGAGUCUGACUUCGGGGCAAAACAUGAGCUGGGCAACUGCUCAUGGCCCAUCUGGCAGCUCGAUGACUUCUCGAAUUGCUUCCAGAGAGACUACCUAAAAGUGCUUCUCCCGCUCGUCGCCUUCUCGCUCUCCUUCCUCCUAAUCAUAUCCCAAGCUAUCCAGCGCAAGAUCGCAGCGCGGAGGAAUCGCGUCGCCGGAUACGAACCGCUGAGCAAUGGCAAUACUGCCUUUGGUGUUUCCGAGCACCGCGAAAAUGGCGACCUGGACUCGGAUGCCGACAGAGAGAGCGAAGAGGAGGCCUUGACCAUUGGAGCAGGGCGAUUGGCGUUGGCGAAGAAAAACACCGCCGGAUCAGUGGGCGUGCUCGACCGUCCGAGGGCCCAGUACAGCAUGGUUAUAAUCGAGGAGUUGGCGCUCUUGGGCCUCAUUGCUGUCAGCGCUACGGCAUUUGCGACGCAGGCUUAUGGGCCGAAUGGCGGGCAGGCCGCGGUGGCUCAGGGAUUGACUUGGGUGUAUAUAUUCAUUCUUGCGACUUUUCGAUUGGUGCUUUCGGAUACGAAAUAUAGGAUACCGAGGCUUUGGGAUCAUACGGCGGUUCUGUACACGACGAUGUGGACUCUCCAGAUUAUCAUCUUCCGCUCGGUGAUCAUACACCCUCGUACUAGAUUGACCCAGGUCCUUGUUAUCCUGGAAUUCUCCCUCACGACUCUACUAUUUGGCAUCGCCCUCACGACACGCAAGGGCAACAAGGCAGUGGUUAUGGAAUGGGAGGGCGACAUUGAGCCUUCCCGGGAGCCAUUGGCCAGUUUAUUCUCUCUCGCCACGUUUUCAUGGGUGGAUUCUAUUGUAUAUACGGGUUACAUUAAGACGCUGGAAAUAACCGAUGUGUGGAACCUGACGCCAAAGGAUAAAACCGCGGCCGUUUUGGAGCGCUAUCGCCAGCUGCCCAAGACCAUGAAGCUUAUGUGGCACCUCCUCCGUUUCUUCCGUGGCAAGUUGAUUGCACAAUGCGUCUACGCAUUCUUCUCCGCUUGGUUCACUUUUAUGCCAACUCUACUGCUGAAAUCCAUCUUGGAGUACAUCGAAGAUCCGGGUGAGACUCCAAGGAACGUUAUCUGGCUGUAUGUUAUCCUUCUCGCCUUCACCGACAUCAUCAGAUCUCUACUCGACCAGCAAGCUCUAUGGAUCGGAAGAAAGGUGUGCAUUCAGCUUCGCGCCAUUAUCAUUGGUGAACUCUAUGCCAAGGCCCUCCGUCGUAAGGCAGCGGCAAGCAGCGAUACGGUUCUGGGAGAGAAGCAAGGCAAAGAGGAUGCCGAUAAGCCCAGCCGACUAAGCAGACUCUUUGGCUUUGCCAAGAAGAAGGAACCUGAUAACAAGUCUGCUACACAAGCACCAGAGGCGUUGGUUGGCGGUGCUGCUGCCAACAAGAGUGAUAGCGACGCUCAAGUUAACGUUGGAACUAUCAUUAACUUGAUGUCCGUUGAUUCUUUUAAGGUGGCUGAGAUUAGCAGUUACCUUCACUUCCUGCUCUCCUCUGGACCAACCCAACUGGUCGUCAGUGUUAUUCUCCUCUACCAAGUUCUAGGCUGGAGUUCAAUUCCAGGACUCAUCGUCAUGCUCUUCCUACUCCCCAUCAACAUUGGAUUUGCGUUCGCCUUUGGAAAAGCGCAGAAGAAGAUCAUGGCGGCAACCGAUAAACGAAUCCACACUACCAACGAGAUCCUGCAAAAUAUCCGCGUCAUCAAGUUUUUUGCUUGGGAGCAUCGCUUCAGCACCAUGAUCAGCGAAAAGAGAAAGGCUGAGCUCAAGCAACUGCGCGGUAGAUUUAUCAUUUGGUCUUUUGCCGUGGCGGUUUGGAAUACUGUGCCUGUGGCAAUCACCUUCUUCUCGUUCCUCGUGUACACAAUGAUUGAGAAGAAGCCGCUUUAUCCUUCCGUUGCAUUUACCGCUAUCUCGCUCUUCAACAUUCUGAGAGUGCCUCUCGACCAGCUUGGUGACAUGAUUGCCCACGUCAACGAAUCUAGUGUCUCUAUCACCCGUGUGGAGGAGUUCCUUAACGAGGAUGAGACUGAGAAGUACGAUCAGCUCGCUCAUGAUAACGUCGAUGAGAAUGGAAACGAGAUUAUUGGAUUCGACAACGGAUGCUUUUCGUGGGCCAGCAAGGACGAAGUGGUUGCCGAAGGUGGAACCCCCGCUUUCCGACUGAUGGAUCUGGAUAUCAGAUUCGCUGUUGGCAAGCUUAAUAUUAUCGCCGGCCCAACCGGCUCUGGAAAGACCUCGUUGAUCAUGGCUCUUCUUGGAGAGAUGUCCAGGAUCAGCGGUGAGGUUCAUCUUCCUGGUGGCUAUAGCCGUGAAGAUGUUCGCCCCGACCCCGAUACUGGCCUUACCGAGAGCGUCGCCUACUGUGCUCAGCAAGCUUGGCUCGUUAAUGCGAACAUCAAACAGAACAUUCUAUUCGCACAGGAGCUUGAUGAGAAGAGAUACAGGGACGUUAUCAUCGCCUGCGCACUGGAGAGAGAUUUAGACAUUUUGGAUCACGGCGACGAGACCCUUGUUGGUGAGAAGGGCAUCACACUCUCUGGCGGACAGAAGCAACGUAUUUCGCUUGCGAGAGCUCUAUACUCGAACUCCAGACAUCUACUCCUGGACGACUGCUUGAGCGCUGUCGACUCUCACACCGCUAAAUGGAUCUUCGACAACUGCAUCACCGGGCCUCUUAUGAGAAACCGAACUUGUAUCCUGGUCUCCCACAACCUCGCACUGUGUGUUCCCUCCGCCGAGCACGUUGUCGUACUUGAUAACGGAAGAAUUACUGUCCAGGGUAACCCUCUCCGCGUUAUCUCAUCUGGAAAGCUUGGCGAGGACUUGCCUCUGCAGUUGAGCAGCGCCGGCCUGGUUUCUCAGAUCCCAUCUCGUGUACCAUCGUCUGUUGGCGAGCAGAGUGAUAAGACAUUGAUAGAUACCCCCGCUGAAGCGAAUGAGGACGGCACGACGGAUGCAGCAAAGCCCCCGAAGAAAGUUAACAAGCCACAGGAUGCAAUGGAAGAGUCCAAGGCUGUCGGCAGCGUCAAAUUCGAGACUACGGUUAUUUACUUGAAGGCCAUGGGCCCCUGGUGGUUCUGGGUUCUUGCAGUCAUCGUCUUCGGCGUGCAGCAACUGGCCGCGGUUUCGAGCAAUGUCUGGAUCAGGGAGUGGGCCAACCAAUACGACCUACCUGAAGAAGCUGGGAAGCAAUUCAUUUCUACAACUGGGUUCCUUGCUAACCCGGCCGCCUCGAACGCCAUGUCAAAUACCCAGGGACUCGCUAGGUUCAUUCCGUACUUCAGUGAUGAGUGGUCGCUCAAGGCGCUCAUUGCUCCAGAUGUGGAUGUCAAGUACUACCUCAUUGUGUACGCUGCGAUUGGACUUGGUGGAAUGUUUGUGGCUCUAUUCAGGGAUCUUUGGCUCUUUUACGGAUCGCUCACGGCUUCGUGGAGUAUCCACCAGGAUCUUAUCCACUCCGUCACCCGGGCGCAAUUCAAAUUCUUCGACGUCACGCCUCUUGGUCAGAUUAUGAACCGCUUCUCUAAGGAUCUCGAGUCUAUCGAUCAGCAAAUCGCACCUGUGGCUAUUGGCGUUGCUAGUUGUGCACUGGCGAUUGUGGUGACCAUCACUCUUAUUAGUGCAAUCACUCCCGGUUUCCUCAUCGCUGCAGCUUUCAUUAGCGUAAUUUACUUCCUUAUUGGACGAUUCUACCUCAGGUCGUCUAGAGAUUUGAAGAGAUUGGAGUCUGUUCAGAGAAGUCCUCUGUUCCAACAGUUCGGCGAGACUCUGACUGGUAUCACCACUAUUCGUGCUUAUGGUGAUGAGAAGCGUUUCAUUCGCGACAAUGCCGUUCGUGUCGAUACCUACAAUCGCCCAUUCAUCUACCUCUGGGCAGCCAACAGAUGGCUCUCCUUCCGUAUCGACGUUGUUGGAGAUCUGGUUGCUUUAUUCGCCGGAAUGUUUGUCAUCUUCAGCAUCGGCAGCAUCGAUGCCGGAUCCGCAGGUCUGUCUCUCGGAUACGCCAUCACCUUCACCGAGAACGUGUUGUGGCUCGUCAGACUCUAUGCCAUUUACGAGCAGAACAUGAACUCGGUGGAGCGAAUCAAGGAAUACCUCGACGUCGAGCAAGAGGCCGAAGCCGAGAACGAGAAGACCCAGCCUGCGGCGAACUGGCCCAGCCAGGGAUCGGUCGAGUUCAUCAACUACACCACCCGCUACAGAGCCGACCUUGACCCAGUUCUCCGUAACGUCACCGUCAAGAUCAACCCCUUGGAGAAGGUCGGCAUCGUCGGCCGCACGGGAGCAGGCAAGAGUUCUCUCGCCCUCGCUCUCUUCCGCGGCCUCGAAGCAGAGGAAGGCAAGAUCCUCAUCGACGGCGUCGACAUCGGACUCAUUGGCCUCCGCGACCUGCGCGAGUCCAUCACCAUCGUCCCUCAAGACCCAACCCUCUUCACCGGCACGAUCCGCACCAACCUCGACCCCUUCAACCUCUUCACCGACGAAGACAUCUUCACAGCGCUCAACCGCGUCCAGCUAAUCGGCAACGACACAGCCGCGCAUACACCAUCGACUUCCCGCCCUGUUACUCCCGGUACCAGCCGGGCCAACACUAGCACGAACCUCCCUACCACCUCCACCGUUCUCGCCUCCGGCGCAUCGGGCGCUUCUACCCCAGCGACGAACAAAAACAUCUUCCUCAACCUCUCCUCCCCCGUCGCGGAAUCCGGCAACAACCUUUCCCAAGGGCAACGGCAACUCCUCUGUCUCGCUCGCGCGCUGCUCAAGAACCCGCGCGUGCUAAUGAUGGACGAGGCGACAGCAUCUAUCGACUACGCCACCGAUGCGAAGAUCCAGGAGACGAUUAGGGAGUUGACGAGCACGAUCAUCACGAUUGCGCAUCGUCUGCAGACUAUUGUGGAUUAUGAUAAGGUGCUUGUGCUGGAUAAGGGGCGCGUGGUGGAGUUUGAUCACCCCCAUAUACUGUUGAAGAAGAGGGGGGAGGAGGCGGUGUUUAGGGGGAUGUGUGAGACGAGUGGGGAGUUGGAGGCGCUUGUGAAGACGGCGAAGACGGCGUGGGAGAAGGGGAGGUUGGUGGAUGUUGAUAGUGAUGCUGAGCAGUAAAGUGGUGAGGAAGAAUGAAAGAAAGAAAGGAAGAAGGUAGUGAAUCCCUGGAUUUUUGGGAAAGGAGGAACGGUGGUGGUAGAUAUGGAUAGGGAGAGGAGACUUGUGUAGAUAGCUGAAGAUUGGAAAUACGGGCUGGACUGACCGAAUUGGCUAUAUUUCCGCUUUUUUUUGGGAGAUUGGCAAGCAAGGUAAGGCAGCAAAAAGGGAAUGGCGCGACAUAGGGACUCCUUUCGGGUAUAUAAUAAAUGGGAU